AUGGCUGUCAACAUACCAGUGCAAAUUUAUGCCCAAGAAAUUCUCAAUGAAAGGUUGAAAUCAUUAAAGUCAAAAAAGUUUCCAAACCCACACCAAUCCACAAACACUACCAACUUUGCCUUUGAUUUUGCUUUCUUUCAUCAACCUUUAGCCAAUGAUGAUGUAAUUGGUUUUGUUGACAUGUUGGAACACAUGUCAACCAACAAACAACUCCCAUUAUUAACCAUUUUUUCCCAAAAAAGCCCAUCAGGGAAUUCCUUGCUCCAUGAGGCAGCAAGUUUUGGAAGUACUAAGAUCACAAAAUUCAUUGUUGAUCACUUCCCAUUCCUUCUUACCAAGAAAAAUAUUCUAGGGGAUAGUGCAAUUCACGUGGCUACAAAAAAUAAACACCUAAAAGUUUUAGAGGUCCUCAUUAAUAGUUCUACUGUAGAGUUGCAAAUGAGGAAUAGUAUAGGAAACACCGCUUUACAUGAAGCUAUGUUUUUUCCUAUUUGUUAUGAAGCCAUCAAUCUUUUAUUUUGGGGAGAUCCCAAUGUGGCAUAUAUUUUGAAUGAAGACGGAAAAUCUCCAUUGUGCCUAGCUACUCAUGAUAAGCAAAUUGUUGGGCUUCUAUCACUAGCGCCAUAUGGGAAUCGUGGUCUCAUUGGAAGGUCUCGACUUGAAUUACCAUUUUAUGAUGCCAUAAGGAUGGAAAGAUUAGAUAUAUUAGAAGAGGUUUUUAACAAGAAUCCAUUACUCUUCCACGUAAGAGACCAAAAAGGGAAGACACCUCUACAUUUAGCCGUAGCCAAUAAUUACAUUGAGGGCAUUCAGUUCAUUUUAACAAAAUUCAGACAACAUGCCCUUGUAAAGAGCCUAAAGGGUGACCUUCCUAUCCAUAUAUCAAGCAAGAAGGGACACAUUAAGGUUGUUGAAAUAUUUCUUGAACAGCAAUGGCACGAUCCAUCUAAAUUAUUGAACAGUUUAGGUCAAAAUAUAUUGCACGUUGCGGCAAAGCAUGGGCAAGACAAGUUGGUGAAAAUCAUAUUGUCAAACCCAAGGUUAGAGAAGCUUCUAAAUGAAAGGGACAAGAAUGGACAUACAGCCUUGCAUUUGGCCUCUAUGAAUUUUCAUUCAAAUGUUGUGUGUACUCUCAUGUGGGAUAGGAGAGUUAACUUGAAUCAGCUAAAUAAAAAAGGUUUGACAGCUUCGGAUAUUGUUAGACAAAAUGAACGGACAACGAGACAGAUAUUGACCGAUUUGGCUUUAGCGACAGCUGCUGGUACACCCAUGAGCAUUAAGGGAUCUAAAAUUCUGUCAAGAAAACCAAGAACGCGAUCAAGAUAUCGCAUGAUUAAGCACUGGUUCGAUAUUCUUUUAAUGAUAUCAAUUUUAGUGGCCACUGUGGCCUUCACUGCCGGCUUAACAGUACCAGGUGGAUUAGACAAUUCUAGUGAUGAUAGAACCAAAGGCAUGGCAAUCUUGGCAAAUGAAUGGGCAUUUCAGGCUUUUAGUCCGCCAUUAGCCUUGCCGUGA